GAAAAUAACUUGUUUUUCUUCCACAGAGAGGAGACAGCAUCACCACAACAUCUCCACAGAGCUUCUGUUCCUGAAACUCAACUUUUAUUAUUUGGAGGAAAUCAGAGAAACAAAGAUGAGUCACGUCGAUGUGAAGAACCUGAAACCCACCAGCUUUGAAGACGAGUACUACGACCAGUACGAGUAUUACAACCUGACAGAUAAAUACACAGAGGGCUCAGCUCGUAAAGGAAGGACAAAGAAGGAGGCCAGUGAUAACACCAACAGACCGAACCCUGGAGGACACGAGCGCAAGAUAGUGGAGAAACUCCAGAACACAGAGAAGAAUGCCAAGGAGUGAAGACUGAGGGCGACUCGGACGGCUUAACCUGGAAACCGACCUCGGCCUCCUUGGCGACGGAAUGAGACACAAACUGGCAGGAGCGCUCCCAGCUCCAAAGGGCGAGGUUAGACCUGGGCGUGAGGACGAGCCCGCAGAUCCAGAUGCUCCAGAUGAGUUCUUCUUCAUGGUGGCAGCAGACUGUGGCUCCAGCGCCUGAAGGCAUUGCCUAGCACUCACCAGUGGUGGGGUGCAGCCGGGUCCCUGUUCGGGCCGCCCGGGUGCACAGCUGAUUGUGGUGGUGGUGACCGAUGGGUGAUUUUGAUGCUUGUUGAUGUGUUUUAAAAUAUUUUUAUUAUUAAAAAAGCUCAGUUUUAAAUGA